CGAGACCGACAUGCCGCCUAAACGCCCACGUUCCUCCAUCGCCUCGGCUAAACCCGCCUCGACGCCUGCGCGUCGCUCCUCCCGCAUCUCGGUCGUGCCCACCCCGUCCGCCGCGCCCCAGAACCCGCCGACUACGUCUCGCCGCGGGCGACGCGCCUCGAGCCCCCUGUCGUCGGUCGAGGGCUCGGACGACGCCGACGCCGUCGGGCCAGCCUCGAAGAAGCGCCGCAUGUCGAGCGCCUCGUCCGCACCUCGCGCCAAGAAGGUCGUCGCGCCCAAGCCGCUGCGCCCGGCCAAGCCGCUCCCGGCGCCCGUCCAGGGCAUGAACCCGAUCCCGCAGCUUUGGUCUCUGUUCCCGCCCGAGUCGAGCUUCUCGAGCGCUGUCGAGUUCGAGCCCGUCCCGCCGCACGCCGACGCGCCGCGCCAGGUCCAGAUGUGGGGUGACGGUUCCACGGCCGGCCAGUUCGGCAUGGGCACCGUGCGCGUCAAGGCCGACGAGCCCGUUCGCCAGACGACGAUCCAGAAGAAGAUCCGCACGCAGGAGGCCGGGUGGGAGGACGGGCCCGCCGAGAUUUGCGCAGCCGGCAUGCACACGUUGCUCAACGACCACGCGACCCUCGGCCGCCAGACCGCCGGCGACAACUCGGACGAGCUCGAGAGCGUUCCCAUGCCCGUCGAGUACCAGGACGCCUCCAUCAUCGACUCGAAGCCGACCGGCUACGUCGGUCACCCGUUCAGGGCCGUGCGCUGCUACGCCGGCGACAGCAUCUCGCUCGCCCAGGACGAGCGCGGCGACGUCAAGGUGUGGGGCGCGUUCCGGAACUCGCAAGGGCCCAUGGGCUUCAUCCGCGUCCCCGAGGUCGAUGCCCAGACCAAGAAGGUCACGCACGAGCCCGUCAAGCUGCAGUGGCGGCCGACGGCCCUCAGCGCGUUCGCCAAGCAUGCCAUCGUGCAGAUCGCCUGCGGCGACGAGCACUAUCUCGCGCUCACGACCACGGGCGACGUCCUCACGGCGGGCGUCGGCGACUGCGGCCAGCUCGGCAGGAGGAUCAUGGUUCGCGCCGAUAUCAUGUCGACUUUGACGCCCCAGCGCCUGGGCCUGAAGAACAUCGUCCUCGUCGGCGCGGGAGCGUACCACUCGUUCGCGGUCGACAAGGACGGCGACGUUUUCGGGUGGGGGAACCACACGUACCGCCAGACGGGCGUCGCCGGCGACGGCGGCAAGAACAUGAAGAUCGAGGAGCCGACUUUCGUCAAGGGCCUGUCGCCUGCCGACCACGCCGGCGCUCGCGUCGUUCAAAUCGCCUGCGGCGGGUUCCACACCGUCUUCCUCUUCUCGAACGGCGAGGUGUGGACGGUCGGGCGCGUCGACGAGGGCGAGUGCGGCCUCCCCGACGACCACCCCGAGAUGGUCGACAUGCGCAAGCGCCGCGCCGACGCCCAGGUCAAGCAGGCCGCGUGGAAGGACGCCGAGCGCAAGACGUACUUCCUCGAGGACGGCACGACGGUCGACCCGGACAACGAGAAGGCGUACCACAACAAGGACGGCAAGUUCGAGCUCAUGACGGCCGCCGAGAUCGACCACAAGCUCGAGCAGGUCGCCGCCGUCGAGUGCCCGCUGCCGAACGACUACGUCGCGACGCCCUCGCGCGUCGACUUUCCGCUCGAGCCGGCCUCCUGGGACGGCACCAAGACGCAGGACGACUACGACGAGGAGCCUCAGCUGUGCACCAAGCCGACCCGCAUCGUCCACGUCGCGAGCGCCGGCCAGUACUCGAUCGCCGUCUCGGCGCGUGGCUACGUCUACACGUGGGGCUACGGGCCCACGGAGCAGCUCGGCGCCGGGGGCAGCGAGCGCGAGAGGACGCCGCGCCGCAUCCUCAACGACGUCCUCAAGGGCCUGCGCGCCAUCAAGGCCGACGCCGGCGGGCAGCAUUGCCUCGUCGUCAGCGUCUCGCGCGACUGGGAGCAGAAGAAGCGCGAGCGCGAGCAGAAGCGCGCCGAGGAGGCGGACAAGGCGCGCCAGGCCGACAAGGACGAGGCGGCGGCGGCGGCGGCGGCGGUGGCCGAGGCGGCUGGCGGCGUCGCGAUGGCGGACGGGUCCGAGGGUGUCGAGAAGUAG